UUAUGAGGUUGCUGUAGAGUAAUUUACCCUAAAUUGUCAUUUUAGUUGAACUAAAACCCUUUUAAAUUGUCGGUUGGACCCGUGUCAAUCCGCGAAGUUUGGAAUUACUAAAAGUCACAAACUGUAUUCAACUUGUGAGAGCGACAUGUAAUCAUUUGACUUGUAAACUACUUUGGAAGUCUGCAAUAACAAAUACACAUACUUACUCUGACGCCGUAAAGUUUGGUAGAUUAACAAAACUUGACGAGACUACUAAUCAAAACAAUACAUAGUAUUGUACAUGUUAAGCACUUUUUAAGAUAAACAUCAACAAAUAAAUUCCCUAAAACACAACAUUUGAAAUAAAAAUAAAAAAAAUGAAUAUGACAACAGUCUAUAACAACUAAGUACAUAAAUCUCCACUUGUAUUAACAAGACUAAGUGUCUGUUAAAAUAAUAUUCCAAAAACGAUUAAUACAAAAAAGAGAUUUGACCGUGGUUGGGUGGUAGUGUGGCCGAAUGGUGUGCGAUGGUGGCGCCAUGCUUUGCCUGGAGUCCUUGAUGGCUCGGUGGCGGGAGCGCGGGGAGCGAGAAGGGGAGCGGCGCGCGCGCUCGCGCAGCCUCUGCUCCUCGGCCGACGGCAGCCUGCUGCAACUGUUGCACCGACGAGCCAGCAGCGCUAUCUCGUCUGCCAGCGAGCUGAUCUCCAGGCGGGGCGUGUUCUCUCGCCGGCAGUAUGGCUCCGUCGAACAGUUAUCGGGAACAGCAGGGGAUCCAGGCACAUUGGAUGCAGUGCAGAGGCGCUACCGCCUCGAGAAUGGAAACUCCCUUGGAGAAAAGGAUGAGCUUUUCGGGCCUCCUAGCGCGCCAGUGCUCGAGAACCCAGAGUUCCAGACCAGAUGGUACUUCAAAUAUUUCCUUGGAAAAAUGCAUCAGAAUUACAUAGGCGUGGACGGAGCCAGAGAACCAUAUCUACUGAGCGUCGUGCAAGAAGGGGGCGCGGGACUUUUACGAGCCAUACUCUUUAAUAAAAUGGGUGCCCACAAGAUAUACCUGCCACCGAGCGCAUGGAACAGCGGUGGAGGUGGUCAGGCGCCUACCAGACCCACAGUCAAACAGAUCCUGGCACAGUUUCCAGCCAUGGAGAGAGUCGACAAGGUGCCAAGAGAGAUUACGUGUGCUGAACUUCAAAAGGAUGUGUUACUACUUGAAGAGCAAGAGGGGUCUGUCAACUUCAAAAUUGGCGUCAUGUUGAUGACUCCGGGCCAGAAGACUGACGACGAGAUGCUGUCGAACGAGAAAGGCGACGAGAAAUGGGAACGAUUUAUUUCGCUUUUGGGAGACAAAAUUCGAUUAAGAGGAUGGAAUCGCUUUCGUGGAGGCCUUGACGUCAAAGGCGACAUGACUGGCAGUCACUCCAUCUACACGAUGCAUCAGGGUCAUGAGAUCAUGUUCCACGUCUCCACGAUGUUGCCCUUCUCCAAGGAUAAUAAACAACAGCUGGAAAGAAAACGUCAUAUCGGCAACGACAUAGUGAACAUAGUGUUCACGGACGACUGUGCUCACAACACAUUCAACCCGCAAUGCGUAAAGAGUCACUUCACUCACAUAUUCGCAGUGGUAUCGGAAGUGGAAGGCGAGGGUUACAGGCUGAGCGUAUACAGUGAUGACACGGUGCCACCAUUCGGACCUUCGCUGCCGUGUCCGCCUGUCUUCAACGACCCGCAACUCUUCAGGGAGUUUUUAUUGGUAAAGCUAAUGAACGGGGAAAAGGCAGCGUUCCAAACACCGACGUUCGCGUUGAAGAGACAGAGGACGCUGGACACCCUGAUACGCGACAUCUACGCCGAACACUGCUCGGACCACAAGCCAAUGCUAUCGCGGCGCGCAUUAUCGGACGUGUGGUCAGGCGGCGCAGGCGCAGGCGGCGCUGGCGCGGCGCGGACGGAACGAUUCCUGCACGUCGGACAAGCGUUGAAGCUCGACGCCGUGCUGAGAGGAGACGCUCCUACCAGUCUUGUUUCCACUGGAUCUGGUGGUUCUCGGAGAGCACCGUGGGAAGGUCGCGUGUGGCGGUCAGCACCGCUGCCAGCCACUCCUGUCUGCGCUGAACAGCUGGCUGAAGGACGCCUUCUGCUCUCCACCACCUCCAACACUUACAUUUUAGAAGGUACAUACCUGGUUUCAGAAACCGGCACAACGCGGGUAGUGUUACGAUGGGAGGGAUGCGUGCGCGCCGCUCGGGUGACGGAGAGAGCCGGACUUUUCCGAGUGGGAGCGAGAGUGAUCGGCGGAGGGUCAACAACCGGCGGGGCCGGAGGUGCGGGGUUAUACGCACUGCCGCUGCAAGAGCUUUGCGCUGGCGCAUGGGCAAUGCGACCUCUCCAAGACUGCAAGCACGCAAGACUACCGCGCACAAAAACUGCGCAUUACUUCGACGUUUUGGAACAAGGUGAAGGAGGUAAAACGACAUUAGCCGUAGCGGUUGGUAGAAGGGUUCUCUUGAUGCUCGAAGAACAAAAGACUGAUAGCGAAAUGGGAUUCGAAUAUACACAUAUCAAGGAUAUUCAACUAAGUGAAUCGCCAGUACUGAUUAAACUAAUGGAUGGUGAAGUAGGAGUCUUAGUAGUUGGAUAUAAACAUCAUUGGGAAGUGCUAGAAUCUACCACUGGACAGGUGGUGAAAAGAGCAGAAAGUUCUGACGAUAACACGCCACGACGAGGCACUCUAGUCAACGCACUGCGCAUUGGAGAUGAAAGAGACGGACAAAUAGUUCUAUGUUAUAAUCAUACGUGUCACUUUGAAAGACUAACUACUAAAGGCAUGGAAAGCGAUGGCGAGUACGACUUCCAUUGGACAACUGUGCCUGCUGCUGUCGUAUGCGCGUUUCCAUACAUAAUGGCAUUUGCUGAAGACCUCCUAGAGAUACGAUUAGUAGCAAACGGGUCGUUGGUACACGCCGCCUGCAUACCGGGGCUUAAGUUGCUGUGCGGGAGACGGGAUAUAUUCUACGUAGCCUGCGCGCCAGAGUACGUUCCAUUGACAAGGGAAAUUGACCCUUGCUUCUUACAACACGAUAAUGAGCUGAUGCGUCAGAUGAGCAACAAGUGCGGCCCCUACUCUGUAGAUGAAGAUGACAAUAAUGAGAACAAAGGGGAAUCUAACCCCAGCCAGAACAACCGCACAUUGUCCGAGACCAACUCGACCUCAAGCAGAAGCAGCUCCUUGUCUUCUGAACAUGAGAACAUCAGACCGCCUCUGACGCGCAUGGCGCCAAUCUCGCCGCCCAGUUCACCGCAAGUACUUCCAGAGAACAGUGGGCGGUGCGUACGCAUCUACAAGAUUCCGCAGAGCAACCUCAGCGCGGGUACUUAUCAGCGACAGUCAGUUUCGGCGGACCAGGUCGUCACGUCCUAUUUCUCAGACAGGCCAAACAGCAUGAGGCAAAGGUUAGCAGAGUUGCGAUUGGACAGCAAGUCUAGAGGAGGGGGCGAUGACGAAACUUUAUAAACGCACUCAACGGAGUAGCUAGGAUCGAAUCAGGUGCACAAUUUUAAAACUAAAUAUAUACAUUUACAAUAUAUAAUAUUCCAAUGUUGUUAUGUUAGUAUCUCUAAUAUUAAAAUGUUUAUUCAGUGGAAUUUGGCAGAAAAUAGUAGAAACUGGUCAUCAUUUUUACCUCUAGCAACCCUGGGGCUCUUAAAAGUAAACGAAGAGAUUUUAAGACCAUGUGGGUAAAAAAAUAGUACCUAUCUAAACUAAAUUCUACUCUUUUUUGCCAUAAGUUGUACAUAAAUUAGUUUUCUUGUUUGUAGUAUGUUCAAGUAGUUUUAGAAUGUAGAAUGAAACAGCGUUUAUUGAUAAUGAUGUGAUACGGGUGAUGUGAUGCGUAGAAAGAUGUUUAUUAUGAAUUAUAGAAAUAUGAACUAUGAAGUAUAUUUAGAGAACGUACAUAAAGUUUACCAACAUUAGAAAAAAAUAUCAGAGAAAUUAGUAAACAAUAGAAAGUCAAUAUAUUUAUUUCUUCAAAAUAAAAUAAUUUUCGUGAAGUAUAUAGACUUCAAAUUGUAUACAUGUUACAUGUAAUAAUAUGCACAAAUGAUUAUGCUCAAGUCAUUGGAUUAACCAUCUAUUGUCGAUCAUCAUCCGAAAAUAAAAUAUUAUGUAGUUGAAAAUUAUACAAUAUAAAGAAUUGAAAUUAGAAUUGAUUAAGAAUUAUUACAAUACGUUAAUAAGAUUUUUAAAGAUAGAAUAAAUUGUAAAUAGCGUCUUAAUAAAAUAAAUAUCGUAACGAUUUGAAUCUCUAUAAAGUAAAGCGUUCAAUGACAAGACAAAAAGUGAUGUUGUAUCAUAGUUAUAUCUAGCUAAUAAGGAACUGUAAUGAUUGAGUUAAUUGUCACCUGAAUGUAAAAUAUUUGGACAACAGAAAAGAAGUGCCAUCCAAUUAUUCGGUUACCUUUCUAGAUUUAAUAUAAACUUUAACAUUUGCGAUGCAAGAGAAUUGAAAUCUUAUAAGUGUUGAUACAGAUCUUAUCUUUGUUGUAAAUAGAACAGUUGUAGAUUUAAUUAGUAGUAGACUGUAUACUACCGAAUUGAGGUAGUCAUAGUAGUCACCCAUCUUGUCUAGUAAUAGAUGUUCGUUUGUUUCGAGGGUCCGGCCAGAAAGGUCCUGAUAAACCCCAAACCGAUAUUUCAGACGGAUUUUUACGCAAUUUUUCCUAUAUAACAAAAUAAGAUCACGACUAUGCAUAGUCCAUCGCAAGAUGAAUAAAGAUGAAUGAACACCUUACCGAGCUUUCCGUUCGACCAACAUGACAGGUGGUGAGCCGUAUCGCCGCUAAUAACGGUAAAAAUAUGGAAAAUAAAUUAAUAAUUUUGGUGUAAGACCGGUACCUAUACCGGGGUUCAAACCAACGCUACCCGUUUAAGAAGCAAGCCGGUGCACCACAGGACCACAGUGACCUAAUACAGUCAGUACACGAACAUAUUUUAUUGCAGGGACUUAGUCCUGUUAAAGCAAGCGAUCGCUUAUAUCACAGACCGCCGUGACCGUAUACCGUAGACCGAGCGACACUCAUAGAGUUUACACCUCCUUUAGGUCAUUGGUCUGCGGAUCAUAAGCUCACAACUAUAUUUCCAAUUGGGCUAGUUAGCGGUAUAUCCAUCGCAAGAUGAACUGACUAGACUACCCACGCUUUUUCCUUUCCACGAAUUUUCUGUUAGAUCAACAUGAUAGGUGAUGAGGCGUAUCCCGAUCUGUAGAUCAAUGCCCUAACUAUAUUCCUCCUAGAAUGUAAACCUUGUCUGAAUUAGUCAUGCCAUCAUGGUCACUAGUGAUUUUGAAAUCGAUUAUUUAUCUAGUCAUAAAUGAAGUCAUCCUUUAGGAGUAAGGAUGUGCUGCCAAAGGAUGUUUUCGAGG